AACCCACUAAAGCUUGACAUUUGCAUUUAAUUCGCACGUGUUAUAGUCGUCACGGGGCAUUAGUUUUCUGUUUCAUCCAUACUAUCAUUGUUGGUUCAUCAAUUUUGUAUUAAAUAAAAUAUAUAUUUUUACCAUUUGUAUUUCCGUAUAAAUAAAAAAAUAUUUUAGACUGUUCACAUGUUGCCCACAACGUUCAAAUAAAAGACUGGCUAAUGUAAAUCAAGUUCUAGUUUUGCCGAAGUUAACAACUUAAUUUAUUUAAAGUAACUGGACUCUAAAAGUAUACUACGUAUGCACAACAUCUACAAACAUUCCAAAAAGUCAGUAUUACGUUAAUUUCAGCUUUAUUACUGAAAACAUUCCGCUAAAUCCAGUGGAUUUAUUUUAUCGUUCUACGUAAGUUUCACAAACUCGAACGGGUUUUAAAUCAUUUGCAAACAUGUUUGAAAGUUUGCUAAACACAAAUAAACCAUCUUAAUCGAUGUACCUUGGAUCUUAAUUUACUGCACAUGCGCAGUUUUUAACGCCUUUUUGAAGCUUUAAUUAAUCGUUAUGAAAAUUCCUUCGAAAGACUGACGCGUAAUUUAAUACAACAUAUUUUGCGAUGUGUCUAAACUUAAUUCGUUUAUUGUUAUUAUAAUUAACUGCCUUACGAGAUCUAUGAUUCCAUUCAUAAAAGCGUCGAGAGAUCCUUGAGAUUAUUUUCAUUCAGUCAAGUUCUCGCGACGCUUUAGAAGGGUGAAUAUUACAAAAAGCAUUUCAUUUAAGGAAUCAGACAAAACCCAUAAAUUGUCAUCUGCUUAACGCUUACCUGCUGCUAGUACAAAAUGUUUAGCUUGUUUGUUAAAGUUUAAAAAUUAGCAAAAUAAUAUAGGGUUGCCGUUUAAAUAAAGUAUUAAUAUAACCCGGCACCUCCACCAUUUAUGCUUAAAAUAAAAUAAAUAACACUACGCACAUUAAUAAUUGUCCGGUAAUGUAAGACCGUCCAUAGCACAUUAAUUAAAGUCUGCUACAAUUAAUUAAAUUCACUGAGUAUUUUUAAGUCAAACAGGAUCAAAAUUAUACUAAUUUACAUUAUGAACGAGUGUCUGCAUUAUUUGUCGCGAUUUAUUAUCGAAAGUCCGUGCUCUCAUUUAGGAUUUAGGAUCCCUUUACACAGUAAUUGCCACAUUUAGGGGUACAGGGCAAUACAAUUUGUAUAGACACAAACAACGUUCUCAAUCUCAAUAAAGGACCCAUUAAAAGUAUGUUUCUGCAACGUUAUCACAUGAUAUAUUAUACAGAGUGAUCAACAAUAAUUACUGUUUCAGUUGAUAUCAACGAAUUUUGCUUUACAUUGUUACUCCACCGUACUUCCUGUUGGCAAAACUGACAUGGUUGACAGUGACAUUUAAUAAUUCAAGACACAAUUUGUUAUCGAUUUUAAAAUGUCAUAACCAAACUUUCUUGAGCGCUUAAAAGUGUGAGAAAAUUUUCUCAGAAUUGGUUAAUUCUAUUGCCAACUCAAACGGUACUUGUUGAUCACGCUGUACAUAUAUGGUAUUAUUUUAUGGGCGCAUAUUUUUUAUUUGGGUAAGGCAGAUAUGGGUACAAUGAUAACUAGGUCAAAAUAAAUCCCUGUUUGAAUAAUACUAAAUGAAAAUCAAUUGAUUUAAAUCGAGUGGCGUCAUCUUUUGAUGCUUAUUUAACUGACCUUAGACAGAAAACGUUACCAUUCGACAUAUUCGUUGUUAUCAAACUAGAACAGCAGCUUUUACUGAAUUUAAAUGGGGUGUGAGUAGAGAUGUUAGUGAAUAAAAAACCGUUUGUUUUAAUUGUUUUAAAUCAAGAGACGUAUUUUUUUGGUGUUAAUUAUUUUCUUUUAAUUACCAUUUUCACAUUUUUUUUUAUGACUGUUUUUGUUAGAAAGGGCAGAAAUUUUUAAAUUUUAGAAUUAAAUUCAAAUUAAUCAAAUAAAUUAAUUUUUACCAAAAAAAAAUGUUGUUAAGCACAGUCCGUCUAUUUUAAUUUUUCCAUGAUAUCGUAAAACUCAUUCUCUCUUUUUUCCACCACGAAACUUUGCGUUGUGCCGUGAGAAACAAGAACAACAAAGCGCUAUCUCAUUUUAACUUUAGCGGAUCUGCGGUAGAGAAAACAGAUAGCUCCGUCUGUCGGAGUGAAACCCGAAAUUUGACAGAGAUUCUCAAACAGUUAUGUAUUGUUGCAGGCUCUAUAAUAAUUUAUAAUAUACAACAAACAAAAAAAGUGAGCAAAACGUAUUCUGAAAAUUAAACAUAACAUUAACUUAAAAUUUACAUUUCAUCUGCUCCAUUAAACACCUCCUUUUCAAGUUUAACAGUUUUUGGUUUGAGAACUUUUGGUUUGUACGAACGUUCCAGUAGAUCUUUAGGACCGUCCCUAAAAUCCUAGGCAAUACGUACCAUCUCAACUGCAAUGAGAGAAAGCGAGACAAAAGUAGUAACGUUUGAGAAGUAUUAUUCGUCACGGUUUUACAAGAAUAUGGAAUUCUUAAAACAGACAGAUUUUAAUUUAACCUAAUUUUAGUUUUGUUUUCAAACUAAAAUAAAAAACGUACUGUAGGUUAAUUUAUUUCCUUUUAAUUUGGCACCUUUUUUUAAUUAAGAUUUUAACUAAAAUGGCGUGCACAAGUGUAACAAUACAUAAAAUACAUAUAAGCCAAUAGUGAAUGAUAAAUAUCAAAUUCUUAAAACUUCUUUUCAUACAUUGCUCGGUAACGGGUGUUCAGUUGAAAAAUUCAAAUUAAAUUUUUUUAAUUUACAAGAACACAGAGUGAAAAACGCAUGUGUUUUAUUAAUCCAUACUGCUGUGUAUAAUUUCUAGAUAUUUGACAGUGUGAUAACCCAAACAUCCCCCCUUAAAAUGACAUGUGAAAAAAAAAUUAAAAAACCCGCGAAAAAUUUAAAAAUUCGAAAAUUUAGCUUUGGCUGUAAUCGUCUAACAAAAUGGAACCCUACAUUGUGUUUGUUUUUUUUGUGGUGGAAUGCGUUCAGAUGGAAGUGACGGACCCCAAGGUUGGAAAAGUACCGCUAAAUAAAACACAAAAUAUAUGGAAGACAUAAAAUCAUUUAUUCCUUCACUGACAAAAAAAGAAAAAAAAGCUGCAACUAAGUUGUGCCGGUUGAAGACACCUCUUAAUGCUCAGCUACAAAGAAAACUUGCCUAACUUUGAAUGAAAUCAAAUUAAACUUUCAGAAUCAAUGCAAAUAUUUGAAUAUCACAAAUUUAAUAAAAAGAAAGAAAAAUCUGAAUUAAAGUAACUGGAUGUAAAUACACAAGUUAUUACAGACGUGCGGCGGCAAAUUUAAAUUAUGGCAAAAUUUUAACACAAACUGUACACAGCGAUGCGCACAGCGACAGCGACACCAGAACGUUAUAAGAGUAUGGCGAUGGAACUAUCGAAUUUGGGGCUCCUGGUUGAGGUUGUUCUCCUACCUACACGGUGAUUCUACUCUAUCGUAUCGGCAAGCACAUGCCGCUUAGCACACCUCUAUCUAACGCGCUAACAGGCCGUUACUGUCGCAAAGUCGUGGUUGGAAAUCACGGCUAUAGAUAAGCUGACAGCGUCACGUCAUUCUGAGCGUUCCCCUGACUUCUAUUCAAGGCUAGCAUCUUUCGUGUAGAUGGUACAAUUGCCAGCUCGACAAGGAACCGCGCACGCCGCUUCCGCCACGUGUUUCUGUGUUAUUUGCCUCAAUUCCAUUUAAAUGUUCAAUUUCUAUAACUCCGAUAUUAAACUACAAACGAACAAGUAUUAAAAGUUUCAAAAAGAACAAUAAACAUUUGAAUUCGCAAACACUCUCGUGAAAUUUGAAACAGCAAAGAAUUCUUAUCUGAGAUUAAGAUUGGAAAUCAGACAAUUUAUAUGAUGGAAGCAUUAAUCAACAAAAUAUUUACAAGGUAAGAAAAACUACCAAAGGUUUAUAAAACCAAAAAAAAAAAAUCUGGUGUGAAGUAAAACUUGUGCAGACAAAAAUAUUACGUGAGGUUAGGAACUGCAGAGCAUGAAAAUUUAUGUUCAAUUUAAAUUAUGCAGCAAGGCAAAUUAUUGAGGCUAAAAUUGUGAGAUAGAGAAAAAUUGCAAAGCUUAAAAAGCUUAGAAAAAAAUUAGGUACAUGAGUUUAAUAUUUGCCACACUUUAUCAACGAUUCAAACAAAGAGUUUACAUGAUGCUAAAUCAUGCCAUUAUCCAAGCGAUUGGUUACAUAAAACAAUUAGUUUUGAAAGUUUAUAUAGUGCACUGUCCCCAGCUCAUCCCAAACAAAACACACGAUAAAUAAGCACAAAAUGCAUCCAGCGUCACGAAAAAUGCUUCUCUGUCAUAUAAUUUCCAACGUAGCGAGAAAUAAAUAUGUCUCGAUGAGUUGAUGAUUAAUCCCUCCGUGCCGCAGUCCACGAUAUUAUAAAUUCUACCGCACUUUCCAAGGUCCCUUUCCCAAAGUGGGACAACGUUAGGUUAAUUUAACUGUCGUAAAUGAACUAUUAGCAAUCUUGUGUGAGGAUUUGAGAAGUGUUAUAAUGUAAGUAUAAGAAUCCAGAAACCUUAUUUAUAACUUGAUAAACAAAGGAUGAGUCCUAACUAAGUGAAUUUCGUGAAAUCAAACUUAUGACUGUUAAAUUGUGUUAGAACUAGUUAACGAUUAAAAUCCUAAUAUGAUCUGUGAAUUUACAAAAAAUAAAACAAAUUUGGAAAAACGGAAGAAUUAGCUACGUGUGUAGGGAAGCUGUGGCAUCGCAAUCGAUUCGAUUAAUUUUUGUUAAACAAAGGCUUCCCCUUUUUAUUAACUGCCAAACCAACUAAAGUUAACCUAGCUUCCUUACCGCGUAUUUUCACUCACCAAAACAAAACAACAGGGACGCGCCCGAACAGAAUGACGCAUCUCCCCCCUCUACCUAGCCAACCAACUUCUACCAACCCUCUCACUAUGUACUACUCAAAAAUUCCCUAGGAGCGCUACCAACUACCAGAAAGAACUAAACGUGCACAUGAUUGCCUACAUUUAACGACUUUCUUGUUUGAAUUUUUUUUUAAUUCAAAUUAUUCAAAUGCGAUUCCGCGCCGCUAUUUUUUUUCAGUGCGAAAUUUUAACUCAAAUUUGGUCACCACAACAGAUUUGGUGAAAAGCGUUAAAUCUAUUAAAUGAAAAAAAUCAGGUUACAAAAAAUACUUAUUAUCCUAUUGUUUAAAAAUAACCUCUAGCUGAAGAUAAGGUAAGUUACAUUGAAAAAGAAUAAUAGGAGUAUUAUUUAACACAAGUUACAAUAUUAUAAGGUAAUUAAAAAUAAUUAUGGACAACCUGUUAAAUAAAUCAUUUUUGAUUUGAAUUCCAAAAUUUUAAUUCUGACUUAAUUACCCAAAGAACAUGAUGAUUUUGAGCAAACUUACAACAAAUUGUUAAAUUGUAGUCAGCAUUACUUAAUACAGCAGAUUUUUUAAGGCACAUCUUAAUUUUCUUGAAAUGCGCUUUUAAAACUUCUGUCAUCAAGGGGAGCACUAAUGUGUUUUGUUGGUUGUAUAAAUUCUACUAUAUGUAAUGGAAUUAUUUCAAUAUUAUAAUAUUGCACGCCACUAUUUACGAACCAAUACGAUUUGUUCUUUAUAAUUCUUACGCACGGCAGUUUUUUACAAUGUUUUACGAUGUGUUAUCUGUAUGUGUAAUUUUUAAAUAAGAUAUAAUAUAAAUUCUGUUGUCAUUUAUUUGAAAGCACUAAUUUUCGAAUUUUCUUUUUGAAAAUAAAAACUUUGGUUUCAAUUUCUCAUUAGCUCUACAAAAAUUAAAAACACCGUACUAAACUGGAAUGAAAAGUUUUAGACUAAGGUAUUUUAAAUAAUGAAACGAAAUAAGCAUCCUAGUAAAAAUUUCAUAAAUUUUACUUGCCUGAACACAGCUUUAGUUACUCACACAACUGUGGUAUGUGCAGUUUUUUUUAAUUUUUUUGUAAACACUAUUUUGUGUCAUUCAUUUGUCAAAACUAAGUGGAAAUUUAUUAAUUAAUAGAUAAUUAUUCGGAUGAUUUUUAGUUUUAUAUAGCAUCACUAACUUUUAAGUGUCUUCAUAAAGAACGUGAUAAGAAUCCAGUGCUGAUAAAGAUGACUUACAUGCAGAUAUGUACUCUUAAAAUUAUUAAAUGACAAACUUUGUAUUAAUUUAAAUACAAUCUUUAUACUACAUCGAAAGAUAAGAUUGCUUCGUUGCCGCAUGUGCUGCUAUCCUUUUUUUAUUACUUUUAUAAGCGUAAAGGUUUUAUCAGUUUCUUAAUUAUUUAUCACCACAAUUAUCAUUGCAUUUCUAUUUAUAUGUUACAAAUGGUAGGUAUUUAAGUAUGCGCCUUGCAAGACACAUAUAUAACAAAAGAUAAAUGAAUUUUUAAAGGUGAAAUUUUUUGUUAUCACACUAACUUGGUAUAAAAUUUUAUAAGAGCUUUUGUGAUAAUCGAGAUAAAGAUCUCCAGAGACCUUUAAAUUAUUUGGAUCCAAGUUCGAAAAAUAUAACUAUACAGUUAGGGAUCACCAAAUUUUAUCUUAAAUGUUUAUCAGUUUAACAAUAAUUUAGAUGUUUACAUCUACAACAGGAAACUUUGUUAACAAUAAAAUUUUCGUGUUUUUUGUGUGUGUAAUAAUGUUAAAUUAAAUCUGAUAUGGCAAUUCAUUAUCCACAAUUCCUUAAAAAUACUCAUUGAAUUUCCUUUCGCACAUUUUUACCUCUUAAACGCUUUAAAUGUGACUUAUCACCAGCAAAGUUACUUUAAAAUAAUAAAAAACGUUAAAUUAGUAACAAGGAAAGUUGGUAUUUUUAUUUGACUGAUCAUCCGUUAAGAUUAUCCGGCCAUAGAUAAUUUAAACUCACAUUGUUUUAUGCAAUAAACAAGUUUACAGUAAGAUCCAAGAUACAUUGUUGCAAGUAAUGCGGAGAAUUUAUGACUAUAUUUUUGAUUUUAUCGAUUUGCACUUAGAACAUUAAAGAUGGAAUCCGCUAUCAGUCGCUAAGAAAAUCAAAAUAUAGUUCAAAAUUUUUGCGGACCUAAUACCUGAGUGCCUAUCGCAACGUUACUUUACUUUAAUGGUAGACAAUACUGAAAUUUAUCAAAAUGGUAUUUUAUUAUCAAAAUAUUAACUAAAUUUAAUCGCACCAACUAUAUUUAUGUGUAAAUCUACUCGAAAUGUUUUCAUAUAUUUAUGUAUAUAUAUAAAUGUACCAUUCCCUUCCUGUUGAAAAUACCCCUAAUGCUUAAGAACUGUGGAAUUUGAAGUUCAAUGCUCACUUCAAAUUUUGAAACUGGGAUCGAAAUUUUCUCGAGCAAAAUAUCAACUCUGUUAUACACUAAACCAAGGCAAAUUAACGAAUUGUAAAACAAAUCACUUGUAACAGAUGUAACGUUUUGGCAAAGAUCAGUGCAUACAUCAAAUAAAAUAUUGUUUUAACAAUUCUUUGAUGUUUGUUACUCAUGUAUGCCAAAACUAGCAUUCUAUAAUUUAAGUAGCAGAAACACGAAAUAGCCCUCUGUCCAAUAAAAUUAUCUAGAGACAAAUUACACGGAAAAUGGUCGGAACAUAUAAUAAAUGUUGCCUUCUUCCCAGCUGUGAUCUCUCUAACGAAGAUAGAAAUUAAACUGUAAUAUAAUGUGAUAAGGGACCAUUGUGCUAAAUGGAUUGUUGGUGAUUAUGAUUGAAUUUUUAUUAAUGAUGAAGUUAGAACUGAUUGAUCACAUAAUAAACGGAGGUUAUUAGGUAUGUCAUCAGCUGCUUUUCAAGAAUGCGUUUGAUUUAAUUAAGCACGGAAAGUCUAGUUAAUUUUUAUUACAAUUUUAUAUCAAAGGUAAUUAGAAUAAAAAGCGUUUUUUCUUCAUGGGGAGAGUAAAAUCUGCUGCAUUUGUUUGUGUCUCCUGAGAACAUUUUAUCGGAGCUUGACUCAGAGGCUCUUCUUCAUCAAAAGUUUUGCGAAGGAUAUCCUCCAUGAAAUCGGAACACGCUUUGGACAAAAACUCUUUAGUCAUGUAAUUAGACUGUAAAAGGUACGUUGCCUUGUCUUGCAUUUCAAAAGAAAAAUUUAUUGUCAAGUACUUACAACUUACAAAUGAUUUUGACAAAAUUUGACAUUACCAAAAACAAAAGUUCACUAGAUUGCUUGUGUAAUUUUGGUAAUUUCUAUCGGCUGAAGUUUUGUGCUUGAAGUGCCAGGAAUUCAGGAUAUUGUUUUUUUUUUAUUAAUCCAAAAUAAAAAUUUUUAUAAAUUUAUAGACAUCGAACAUGGUGGUUGAUUGAUCUUCCAUAAGCCUUUUGUGCUAUUUCGAGGUAAAUCUGGACCACAUUGCGUUAUUGAAAAGCAGUAAAAAAUCUUAUGAUGUAUUUAACUACAUGUGUAAUAAAUGUCCAACUUUAUAAAUUUAAUUGUAAAUGUAAUAACUUGUAAAGUACUCUAUUUGUAUUAUUAAUGUGUUCAAUGUGCAUUUUAUUUUUGUAACACUGUUAUUAUUUAGAAAUUUGUGAGGCAGAUUUUCCUACGUAAUAUACUUAUCCCUAGUUUCACCCACGACCUCCUUAAAAAUCUGCCAUACAAAUGCUGUAGUAUUUUCUUAAUUUUACCCUCUGCUUCAGAGGAUAAGCGGUAUUCUAAAUGGAAAUAUGUAUUCUUAUAUUAUAUACAUUAUAAAUGUUGUGAUAAAUAAAUAAUAAAAAAUAUCGAUGGUCCAUAUGUAACACAAAAUAUAUUAGACUAAAAAACGUUUAUAUAAUAUUAUAUUUAGAAGAACUAAAUCAAAAUUUUUACUAUGAUUUUAUAAUAAAUUGAACGAAUUUAUACCAAAACUUAUACUCAUUCUUCUAAACAUAACAUUGUAGAAAACACGCACAGAAAAUAAAUAUUAUGUCUUUAUUUGCAGAAGCUUUUUGUGGGCAAUAAUGUAACAUACUUGCAAUGUAAAAUGUAUGUAGAUUUUAUAAGUUGUAAUAAAAACGUGAAAAUUCGGCUUCCAUUUAAUUUCGCAUUUUGACAUUGACAGAUUUAUGACGUUGAUAAUAAUGCUUGAAAAUGAGUUUCGAAAGCUCUUAUCCCACGGCUGUGUUUUGCAUAAUCGCUACCGAGUUUUGUGAAAGAUUUUCCUUUUGUGGCUUACGAACCAUACUUUCAAUUUAUCUCAGAAAUGAACUCCUAUUUUCAGAGAACUGCUCCACCGUAAUUUAUCAUGUUUUUAUAAUGAUAUGCUAUAUUGUGCCAUUAGCUGGGGCAGUGUGUGCUGAUAGUAUUUUAGGAAGAUACAGCACUAUUCUCUACUUCUCUUUUAUCUACCUCGUCGGAAAUAUUUUAAUGUGCAUGGGAGCCAUACCUAUCUUAGAACUUUCUUCAAUUACCCUUUCAGCAGUGGGCUUACUUUUGAUAUCAGUGGGAACUGGAGGCAUAAAACCUUGCGUCGCGGCAUUUGGAGGCGACCAAUUUCGUCUACCGGACCAAAAGGACCUCCUACAACACUUUUUUUCGCUAUUUUAUUUCACCAUUAACCUUGGAGGCUUUGUUGGCAUGAUUUUAACUCCAAUACUCCGAAAAUGGGUUUCAUGUUUUGGAGACGACACAUGUUACGCACUAGGAUUUGGUUUUCCUGCAGCCCUAAUGGUACUAUCUCUAGUUUUAUUUGUGAUGGGUAAACCAUGGUACCGACUUAAAACCCCAAAAGAAAACGUCAUGCUUCAGUUUUUUAAAUGCACAAUGUACGCUCUUGUCAAAAGAUGUAAGUCAAGAGCUAACCGAAAUAAAAGAAAACAUUGGCUACACACCGCCAGGGACAAAUACAGCGGUAAACUAAUAAGUGACAUGAAGAAGGUGUUCGCUGUUUUGUUUUUGUAUAUUCCGUUACCAAUUUUUUGGUCUUUGUUUGAUCAACAAGGAUCUAGAUGGACCUUUCAAGCUUCUCAUAUGGAUGGCAAUGUUUUAGGGAUACAAAUAGUACCGGAUCAAAUGCAAGUAGUGAAUCCAGCAAUGGUCUUAAUUUUGAUACCUAUUUUCGACAAAGUGAUAAACCCAUGGUUCUUGAAGCUACAUGUCAUGGAAAAUGCAUUGCAUAGAAUGGCAGUGGGCGGUAUGUUUGCCAGUGCCGCUUUUCUUUCUGCUGGUGUAUUAGAAUUAGUGUUAGAAACAACUUACCCUAAGCAACCUGAGCAAAAACACGCUUCCGUAAAUAUUAUCAAUACUCUACCAUGUGACGUGAAAGUGGCCAAUCCCUUUAACGGUGUGCAGAAAAUUGUGACAGGUGGAAUGCACCGAUUCGAAAAUAUUGUUUGCGAUAAUUACACCAAAUACACUUUACUUGUUGAAGCUUCAGAAAAAUGUGGAACUAUUUAUUUUGGACGACACAGACACAACUUGGAAGUUUUUGCAGAAGAAUCACAAACAGACACUGUUCUCAUUGGUAUAAAUACUGAAAACAAGAUCCAAUCGUUCAUUACAGACCCUGUCGAUUUUCAAAAAUCUCUAAGUGGAAAACCAAGAAUAAGAAUCGCUUAUAUCAAAAGUUCCGUACAUUUACAUGAUGUAAAAGUCUCCUUAAAGAAUCAAGCUGGAUUUCAAGACAUUUACUUUGUGCACAGCUCUAAUUCUUCUUUUUUAGCAGACUCGGCUUAUAUGGAAUUACCGCAAGGAAUAUACGAUUGCGUCGUAGCUUCAAGGGAAAAGCCCAUUCUCUAUAAAGAAAGUUUUAAUUUAGAUCUCGGAGGUGUAUACUCUUUAGUUGUGAGAGAAAGGAAUAUGAAAAUCGAGUUUUUCAAAUUAUACGUCAUGUCUCAACCUAACACAAUUAAUAUUCUGUGGUUACUUCCCCAAUACUUUCUUAUAUCUGUAGCGGAAAUCCUCUUUGGUGUCUCGGGAUUGGAAUUUUCAUUCACUCAGGCCCCCAAAAGCAUGAAAACGGUAACAAUCGCCGGUUGGUAUUUGUCAGUGGCUAUAGGAAACUUUUUAGUCAUACUCAUAACUCAAGCAAAUCUUUUUAAAAGUCAGGCACAAGAGUUUUUUCUGUUUGCCGUCGUCAUGAUUGCAGACAUGAUGGUAUUCAUUGAAAUGGCCUCAAAUUAUAAGUUUGUGCAACUAGAAGCCGACAGUUCCGCAAAUUUCCCCAAUCAAGAACAAAUUCCGUUGAUACAAAACUCAGCGAAUAAUGUAAAUUAAUACGUUUAAUUAGGUUGAAUAGUUGGCGAUUUUGCCAUCGUUUUUUUAAUAAACGAUUUUAAAAUGUAAUUAUGAGUGGAAAUAAUUAUUAUCUUGAGUGUUUAACUAGUCUGACGCUUUAUUAGUUUCUCGCCAACUCAUGAUAAAAUAGAUGAUGCAACUUUUAGCGGCAUUUUGUCUCAGUUACUAGUUAAACACCGAACUAUUGGAGAUUAUC